AUGCAUCCCUCCUCUUCCAGAUCUCUCGCAGAUCGACCCAAUCGACCGUUAGUCAUCAAAUGCGCAUUCGAUGGCAAUACCCGCAAGGUCACCUUCCCCUCCGCAGCUACUUGUAGACUUGACUCAUUGCGUCUUAGAGUCGAAGAAUGCUUUUCGCUCUCAGCCUCACCCUUCUCUCUCGCUUAUACCGAUGACGAUGGAGAGGAAUUUCACAUAAGAUCAGAUAGGGAUCUCACCGAGGCAAUCACUUACUUCAUUUCUGGUGACGAUGAUGCCGCUUUAUCGACAUAUUCGGGAUCCACUUCGGGCAACCUAAUGUACGCCUUUUCCAAUCAGAAAAUAACGAUCCGUCUCGAUGUCCUGGUGGAAUAUGAUGGACCAAGUCUGAGCGAUACAUCAUCCGUAUCGAGCUUUCGAACAGGAACAGGAUCUUAUGACGAGACGAAGAGUCAGAGUGAAGGUAGCUGGAGAUCAGGGGGGUAUGAGCAGAGCUCAAGGAGCUCAAGGCGAUACUCUCAAUCUGAUUAUGUGCAGGAGUCGGAAAUCGCAUCAGGGGAAUCCACGAUUCAGCAGUUUAGUUCCCUAGAGCUGGAUAGUCAGCCGUCCGGAUCCCGGUCACAGACUUUGAGUCAUGAACGGACAAACUCUCAGACUAUCACACCCUUUGGUGAUCAUGAUGAGGAUCCCCCAUCUCUCUUGACAGCCUCGGAUCUCGGCACCCGAUGGUUGCGUGAACAGUCUCGCUUGGCCUCUCGAAAACUCGUCUCCGCACCGAGACCUGUCGCACGGUCAAAGCGCUAUGACGACAGUGAUGAAGACAGUGAGAGCGAUGAUGAGAGACCAGGGGAUAUCGCUUUGGUGCGUGAUGCGAGAGGUCGUUACUAUUAUUCCUAUCACACCGAUGCAUCAUCCCAUUCGUCUCACUCAGAUUUCGGGGAGGGUCCUAGCAAUCGCCCUUUUUCUUCAAUCACGUUAUCGACCUCUCCUCCUCAGACACCCCUACCACACGAACUCGUACGUAUCGCAGAACCCGCUGGGCCCCCGAUACUGGCACCAGACUGCUCUGCCUGUGGUAUCCGCCUAGAUUAUAUGCGGUAUGUCUGCCAAAGUUGCGGUGAGGGGGAAUUCUGGAAAGAGAAUACUUCCAAAGGAGCGAAGUCAAUCUUGUGGAGCAGUGAUAGCGAUUCGUCUUCAGAUACAACUAGCCGUACAUCCACGGAGUCUCGAACCGUAUACAAUGUUGCCACUCCCAGCCAACUCACUGCCACCCAAAUACAAUCAUCGCCUACCACAGCAACCUAUCGGUAUGGAUUGACUCCCCCAGACUCACCUCUCUCUCCCAACGGUGCUCUUCUGAAUGGCCGUCGGCCAAAGCCCCGUGGCUACGAGCUUUGCGCUGAUUGUAUUGAGGUUCACGGAAUCGCUCACACCAGAGCGACUGCCGCUAAAGCCAAGUCAAGUCAUGCGGAAAGGCGAAGACGAAGGCAAGGUGGCGACGUUCGUCAUACUUUUAGGGAGAAGACUUGGGCGGCGGAAGGAUGGGUCGAUGUGGAAUAUAGCGAAGUCAACGAAUGUACGAUAUGUAGAAACCCUCUGUUCUCAAACCGUUACAAAUUCGAAGAGAUUCAUCCAGCGCAUGCGUUCCUGUCUCUACCUGAUGUACCUUCUUCAACAAACACCUCCUUGGGUCUGGAAGAGGUCCCUCCCCCCCGUCACGAGAUACCUCAACCCACUCGUCAUCCUGGAGCUUUCUGCCAUAACUGUCUGCAGGAUAUCGUCGGUCCAAGGUUCCAUUGCGCUGUCUGUGCCGUAGAUCUCUGUAUACAAUGUGAAGCUGUGGUUCUGGACGUUAAUGGCACCAGCCAUACCGCAGAUCAUAUCAUGAUGAAGAUACCAGUACCUAUCUCAUCGCACCAAGUCGACGCUGUCUCUCGUCGCGCCAGAGACCGAUGGUUUCAUCAGGAUCGAACGAUGGCCACCGGGACGAUGUCAGGUGACGGGGAAACCUCCUCAAGAUCAUCGUCACCUACCAACGAUACGGUGUAUGCUCCGACAGCGGCUCGGAAUCCAGCAUUUUCACCACCUAGAUUGGCUGUCACCACUCGAGACGCCCUAGAUCACGGCUUGAAAUGCGGCAAUUGCAACGAGUGGAUCAUGGGAAGGAGAUUCCAGUGUGCAAAUUGUCCUUCUGAGCCGGAGGGAUACAAUUUAUGCUCCAUCUGCGAGCUACGCUCCUAUCGUGUUCACGAUCCGACCCAUGUAUUCUUCAGAUUCGAUCGUCCAGUUCACGUUCCCAUCAGAUCAUCCCGACCUAUCUUACCGCCCCUUUACCGGCAACCAGUGGGUAAAGUACCGACAUCUGCCUUGUCGACUAUCAAUGCAAGGGAUCCUACAGCCUACUUAAAACAUGUUCUCCAUCGAGAGACCCUGUGUGAUGUACAUGGUGAUCAGAUCCGUGGGGUAUGGCUGCGAUGCUGCCAUUGCGCGGCGGGCUACGAUGUGUGUCAGGAAGCAGAGAGGGCCUCCGGUCAUGAUCCAACUCAUGUUUUCGUUCUGUUCAAAUCGAGAGUCGACAUGAACGCUUUUCGAGCUUUCGCGGAUUUAGGGGCAAGCCUCCCCAAACCUCUACUCAAGCAACAGGUUUAUAUCUCAUAA